AUGUCUGCACCGAUAGGAAGGAAACAGUUUCCUGCGACGGACGAUGACCAUGCUGUUCUCGCAGUCCGGAAUCUCGUCCUGGACAUGUGCAUGCAGAAUGGCGGAGGCCAUGGCGGGUCUGCCUUGGGCAUGGCAGCAAUUGGCGUAGCGCUGUGGAAAUAUAUCAUGAGAUAUAAUCCAGCCAAUCCCGACUGGUUUGAUCGAGACCGAUUUGUUUUAUCAAAUGGACACGCAAGUGCAUUCUUAUACGCAAUGAACCAUCUGGUGGGCUACGAGGCGUGGACAAUGGAACAACUUAAGGGAUAUGCAGAUCCGAAAGAGAAUGGAUUCGAGACAAUUUGCCACGGCCAUCCUGAAAUUGAUGUCAGUGCGAUUGAAAUCACGACAGGCCCACUUGGACAGGGCAUAGCGAACGCAGUCGGGCUCGCGAUUGCUUCUAAGAACCUUGCAGCAAAUUUCAAUAGGCCAGAAUUCGAAAUCGUACAGUCUAAGGUGUACUGUAUGACAGGAGAUGGUUGUUUGAUGGAAGGUGUAGCCCUGGAAGCUAUAAGUCUUGCCGGCCAUUUAAAGUUAGAUAAUCUUAUCCUAAUAUACGACGACAACCAAGUCACAUGUGAUGGCCCUCUGGAAUGGACCAACACCGAGGAUGCGGAUGCUAAGAUGCGGGCAUCCGGCUGGGAGGUUCUUAAUGUCACUAAUGGUAGCUACGACGUACCGGCAAUUGUUGAAGCCCUAAGGCUUGCAAAGAAGCAAGAAAGGCCUACCUUCAUUCACGUUCAAACGGUUAUUGGCGUGGGAACUUCUGUGGCAGGCACAGCAAAAGCACACCAUGGUGCGAUUGACCCUGAAAGUAUCGCUUGCUCAAAGCGUUUAGCAGGCCUCUCGCCAGAUUCUACGCAUCAAGUGUCUCCUAUAGCCCUAGAAUAUUUCAGAGAGAGAAAAACUCAUGGGGAGAAGUUAGAACGUGAUUGGCAGACGCUCUUGUCUAAUAUGAAGCAUACUCACCCCAAAACCGCUGCUGCUUUCAUCUCAAGGACAGAGGGGGAUUUUGGAGACUGGAAGAACGCUUUACAAGAUCUCGACAUCUCACAAUUUGACGGCUUAGCGACUCGGGAAGUCAAUGGUAUUAUACUAAGAAGUUUGGCGGAAGCUUGCCCAGCAUUGUGCGGUGGAGGUGCAGAUCUCAUAAACGCCAACAAGAUAUCAUAUACGGAAGAAGAAGUCUUUCAUCCAUCAAAUCAAUACAGAGGCAAAUUUAUCCGCAACGGUGUUCGAGAGCACGCAAUGGCAUCAAUCGCAAACGGCCUCGCGGCUUACAACCCCGGCACCUUUCUGCCAUUCACAGCAACAUUUUUUAUGUUCUAUCUCUAUGCUGCUCCUGGCGUUCGGAUGGGGGCUCUAAGUAAUCUACAGGUUAUCCAUAUCGCAUCCCACGACUCCUUUGCGGAAGGGCAAAAUGGACCUACCCACCAACCCGUCGAGCUAGACUCGUUGUUUCGUGCAAUGCCAAACCUGAUUUAUAUUCGUCCUUGUGACGGUGAAGAGUUGAUCGGGGCUUGGCAGUAUGCCAUUGAGAACCGCCAUUCGCCGUCCAUGCUCUCCAUAGCACGAGAUCACGUCGGUCCAGUUCCACAAACAAACCGCCUAAAGGUCUCCUUGGGCGCCUAUGUUAUCCACGAAGAUCGAGCGGCGCAAAUCACGCUUGUCAGCUGCGGUACAAAUCUCCACUACACGGUUGCGGCGGCAGAAUCCCUGAGAGCCAAAAACGUACACUGUCGCCUCGUGAGCGCUCCAAGUCUAUGUCUCUUCGAGUUUCAAAGCCAGGAAUACAAAGAGUCCGUGUUCCCGCUAGAUGACAGACCGAUUGUGAGCGUUGAGGAGUACGUUGCCACAACUUGGGCCAGGUACGUCACAGCAAGUGUUGGAAUGACAGGCUUUGGGUACAGUGCUAGUAAAGAAAGCAACUACCGGCGGUUUUCACUGGAUGCUCAGGGGAUUGAGGAGAGAGUCAUGGGGUACCUUCAAGAUCUGGGAGACAGAAGCGCUAGGAAUUAUGGAUGGCGCCAACUUUAA